AUUUAUGUUAUCAAUUUCAGUGAAUUUCCUGUGAGUUGAACCACCGAAAUGGCGUCAACAAUAAGAGGAAGAUUCUUUCAAACUCUCAAAGAAUCUGGUGGAUUGAGAGGAUCUUUUUGGAAGAUACUGAGGGGAGAAGACCUGAAGAUUGGUGCUCUUGUUGGCGAGGACAGACAUGGCAACAAGUACUAUGAGAACGACAGGUUUUUCUUAGCCCGAAACAGAUGGGUGCAAUAUCGUGCUGACCGUUACUGGAAUUAUGAUGCAAGCAUGGUUCCACCAGAAUGGCACAGAUGGCUUCACAACAUCACAGACGACCCACCAACCAAGGUUCCACCCGUCCCUCGCAAGUUCAUCUGGAAAGAACACAAGGAGAAUUUUACUGGAAGCAACAAGGAAUAUGUACCUUUCUCGACCACAACUAAAAAGAUUCAUGAAUGGGUACCUCCCAGUCAUUAAUGCUCAUUUACUAAUGAGAUUUAAAUAUUUUAUUAUAAAAAUGAUUGUUCAUUUGCCUGUUUUUGAGGUCUGCUUGUGGCAUGAAAAAGUGAAGUCAAUUUUUGAGGAUGUUGCUUGAAAAAAAAUUCUUGUUGCUGACAAAAAGACGAUGGAAACUUUUGAAAAACUGAAGUGAAAUCAAAUUAGAAUGUCAUAAAUUAAUUAACCUGGAGAAUCAACUUUCUCCAUGGGAAACAUUUUCUGGCAUGUAUUAAUUACGGAUUAGAUCAAGAAGAAACCAGUUUUAACAUAACAAAAUGGUUCAUCUACCACUCCAAGAAGAAAGAAGAGAAAAAUAAGAGUAACUGUUCUACUAAUUAAAGUUUACUCAUACCAGUGUUAUCAAGACUUCCAAAGAAUGUCGAUAACUAUUGGGUCAUUUUCACAGGAAAGUGCAUCAUGGAACGUUAGUAAUGACUGCAGAAUAGGUUACAAGGAAUAGUAUUUCCUUUCAAUUUUGUUGUACAUACAUAUUUCAUCUGACAAGAUGUAAUAAAUAAACUAUAUACUGAUACAAA